AUGAUGCACCCCCAGUCUAUGAUGCUCCCCCAGUCUAUGAUGCACCCCCAGUCUAUGAUGCUCCCCCAGUCUAUGAUGCUCCCCCAGUCUAUGAUGCUCCCCCAGUCUAUGAUGCUCCCCCAGUCUAUGAUGCACCCCCAGUCUAUGAUGCUCCCCCAGUCUAUGAUGCUCCCCCAGGCUAUGAUGCUCCCCCAGUCUAUGAUGCUCCCCCAGUCUAUGAUGCUCCCCCAGUCUAUGAUGCUCCCCCAGUCUAUGAUGCUCCCCCAGUCUAUGAUGCACCCCCAGUCUAUGAUGCACCCCCAGUCUAUGAUGCUCCCCCAGUCUAUGAUGCACCCCCAGUCUAUGAUGCUCCCCCAGGCUAUGAUGCUCCCCCAGUCUAUGAUGCUCCCCCAGUCUAUGAUGCUCCCCCAGUCUAUGAUGCUCCCCCAGUCUAUGAUGCACCCCCAGUCUAUGAUGCUCCCCCAGUCUAUGAUGCUCCCCCAGUCUAUGAUGCACCCCCAGUCUAUGAUGCACCCCCAGUCUAUGAUGCUCCCCCAGUCUAUGAUGCUCCCCCAGUCUAUGAUGCUCCCCCAGUCUAUGAUGCACCCCCAGUCUAUGAUGCUCCCCCAGUCUAUGAUGCUCCCCCAGUCUAUGAUGCACCCCCAGUCUAUGAUGCACCCCCAGUCUAUGAUGCACCCCCAGUCUAUGAUGCUCCCCCAGUCUAUGAUGCACCCCCAGUCUAUGAUGCUUGUUCAUGACCGUUCACUUACACGCUUUGUCUUUGCUGCAGUCGUGGCUUUUGACAUUUUGUCCGACGACUAUUCCAAGUUGGUUUUCCUGCACUGUGACCGGUACGUCGAGUUCCACUCCCAAAAUGGACACUACUACAAGACACGCAUUCCAAAAUUUGGGAGAGACUUUUCAUACCAUUAUCCAUCCUGCGAUCUUUACUUUGUCGGCUCUGGAUCGGAGGUGUACAGGCUGAAUUUGGAACAAGGGCGUUUUCUAAACUCUCUUCAGACAGACGCCGUAGAACACAAUGUCUGCGACAUCAACCCUGUUCAUCAGCUGUUUGCCACCGGGACGUCUGAGGGCAGAGUCGAGUGCUGGGACCCCCGAGUGAGGACUCGUGUGGGACUAUUGGACUGUGCCCUGAGCAGUGUCACCGAGGGAACAGAAGUUCAAAGUUUACCAUCGGUCACUGCCCUGAAGUUCAACGGGUCUCUUACCAUGGGAGUCGGCACCAGCACCGGACAAGUGCUGGUGUAUGACCUGCGCUCCAGUCGGCCGCUGCUGGUUAAAGACCACUUCUACAAUCUGCCAAUCAAAUCUCUCAACUUCCAUGACCCGCUGGACCUGGUGGUGUCCGCGGACUCAAAGAUCAUAAAAAUGUGGAAUAAAGACACGGGAAAGGUGUUUUCUUCUAUUCAACCUCAGACCAACAUCAAUGACGUUUGCAUUUAUCCAAAGUCAGGAAUGCUCUUCACGGCCAAUGAAGACCCCAAGAUGAAUACUUUCUACCUGCCUGCGUUGGGGCCAGCGCCGCGGUGGUGCUCGUUCCUGGAUAACCUGACGGAGGAGCUGGAGGAGAGCCCCGAGAGCACGGUCUACGACGACUACAAGUUUGUUACUCACAAGGAUCUGGAGAACUUAGGGUUGUCUCACCUCGUGGGCUCGUCUCUGCUCAGAGCCUACAUGCACGGCUUCUUCAUGGACAUCAGGCUUUACCACAAGGUUAAAAGCAUGGCUAACCCGUUUGCGUAUGAGGAGUACCGCAAAGAUAAGAUCCGGCAGAAGAUUGAAGAGUCCAGGACCCAGAGAGUGCAGAUAGCGAAAUUACCCAAAGUGAACAAGGAACUGGCUUUGAAGCUGAUGGAUGAAGGAGAUGACGAAGCUCAACUGGCCUCUCGGAAGAAGAAAGGAAAGGCUGUUCCUACUAUUUUGGGCGACGACCGUUUCAAGGUUAUGUUUGAGAAUCCGGACUAUCAGGUGGAUGAGCAGAGCGAGGAGUUCCGGCUGCUCAACCCCAUCGUGUCCAAGGUCGGCCAGAAGAGGAAGAAGAAACUAAAGCUUCUGUCACAGCAGGCUGCAGCUCAACAGGAGGCAGAGGAGGAAGAGCCUGAGGGCCGGCCCAGCUCAGAGGAGGACAGUUCAGACGAUGAUAAGAGCUGGGUGGAGGAGGUGCGGGAGCAGAGGCGCCUCCUUUACCACGAGGGCCGAGAGCGCCGCCUGCAGGAGAGGAAGCAGGCCGACCGGAGCGCUGUCCUACUGGGCCCAGAGCACAGCGCCACCAACAGCAGCGCGGCGGCAAAACACAAGUCGCAUCAGCCUCACUUCUAUCAGAUCAAAGCCGGAGAGGAGUUCCGGAGUUUUACCGACAUUUCCCGAAAGCAGAAGCUCCAAAAGGCGUCGCUUGAAGAACGGCUGAAGCUGGAAGAGAACUCGGGCCUAAUGAACCUGGAGGACACCGCAGUGGGAAGCAAGCAGACCACGUUCACGCUUAAAAAAUCGGAGCAGCAGAAGAAGCAGAAUCAGGCAGAGCGCGACCAUCACGCAGAGAGGAAGAAGCUGAGGCGCUCGGCCGGACACCUGAGCAGCGCGAGGGGGAGGGGGCGGGGCAGGGGGAGAGGGGGAGGGAGAGGGGGAGGGAGAGGAACGGCCUCCCAUAUAAAUGCUGCGUGUCUCCUCCUCUCUCCGCACUCCUCCAGUCUCACUCACGGUGCAGAGAAGACAAGAGCCCGAGCCGCACACGUCACCAACCCAGUACACGCAUCUAAUGGGAACACUAUUUGUAAAUGCUUUUUAAGAAACGUCUUUCUAGAAUCUCAGACACUGGCUACUUGGGCGGCCCUGGCCUGGAGGCUUAUCUGA